GUGACGUAACAAACGGUACAACCAUCACAACUACCAAGUAUAGACCUUAGAGCCUCUACUAGCCUACCUUGUUACGACCUAUGUUCUCUACUGCUCUCCACUAGGACCCUCGCACCGCACCGUACAUGGAGAAAGAUUGACAGGAUGCCACAUCCUAACCGCCCUCUCGCCAACAUAUUCGUCUCUUCCAGGUCGGACCGCCUGAACACCCCGGUCCAGGUCCUCACUCCGAGGACACCGCAUUCCCGCAAUGGCCGCGCCGAGGAGGGAUUCACGGAGGUCGAACUCGACGACCUCCCGGAGUACGACGAGGAGGAGGAGGAAGACGCGUUCUUGUCGCCGGGGCGGACACCAUCAUCCGUGUCGCCCGGCCCCGCCAGCACCGCGUUCCCUCCAGGGUACAGAAGUCGAGGCGAUGACCGCGAAAUCCUCGGUCCGAAGGUUCGAAUGUGUCCCUCCGGGCUGAUGCUGGCAGAGCGGCUCGUCUACCUGUCUGGGGCAUUCUUCGUCUUCGGGAUUUUCGCCCUCUUCUAUAUGGCCUUCCAGCGGGACCUGGAGGACAACGGGUUCGGCCUUGCCAUCAACUACCGCCACUACUACGUAUUCCCUCUUACAGGUGCUCAAUACGCACACGAAUGUGAGAGGAUAUCCUGGUUCAAGGAGGGCUUGAACUACUGGGACCCUCCUCUGAGUGGACCUACGGACGUUGUCCACCACGAUAGACGUCUGAAGAUGCAUGGCCAUUCACCGAUUUGCUCGAGCACGGUGACAUACCAGCUUGAUGGACAUGCGGGGCUUGCGACGGAUCUUGCGCUUAUGGCACAAGUCGCUGCAUUAGCACGCGAGCGAAAUAGUACGUUCUUCAUUGACGAUACGUACUGGACCCGUGGACGGUGGGUAGACUACUUUGAGGAUCCAAUCAACGUCUACCCUGGUCCUGAGCCGGGUUGUCGGAGACCUCCACCAGAAGAGCUUGUCGCGUGUCCUCGCAGUGCAAGGCAUUGGGUCGUCAACUCACAUACAGCGAAAUACCACCUCAAUUCUCAAUUCAGUGAGAGAUACGAAGAUAGUUCCGCUCAGGGUAUAAACCGGAGACGACCUAUCUACGACCACGCAGCCCGAUCACUGGCAGAAAUCAUCAGGCCAGACGCGCACAACUCUGCACUCAUCCGCACAGCACGCUCAGAAAUAGCCUCCAUCCUGUCCCUACCACACGACAGCCACAGCAAGUAUGCGCCAUACAUAGGCGUACAGCUCGUGCACGAGCACUCAAUAUCGCACAACACCUCCACGCCCUCCCUCAAGGCAUAUGUCCAAGCCAUGCAUGACAUCUGGACACGCCUCUACCCCAACCACCCCAUCCCCCUCGACUCCGACACCACCGCACACUUCCCCGCCCCGCCAAUAGCGUACCUCGCGACGGACGCGCCCGAGACGCUGCGGCACUACGUCGCCGCGUUCCCGGCGUCGACCGCGAAGUUCGCGCUCGACCUGAGCACGGACGCGGAGCUGCGCGCGCUCGCGCCCGAGCACGCGUACGACCCCGUCUUCUUCGCGGAGGUGCCUACGGCCGAGCGCGUCCGGCUCACGAGGGGCCUGAUCGUGGACCUGGCGCUGAUGAGCGGGCUGUGGCCGGAGGAUGGGUAUGUCGUCCCUGGGGCGACGGUUUGUGCUGCGGGUUUGAAUGCUUGCGAACUGGCUGUCAUUGGCUUAGGCUGGGAACGCGCGUUCGGCUUCGACGACGCCAAAGAACACCCGACUGGCGAGGUCGACCACGCUAGGAUGCGCUGGGUCCCGCUCGGACCACAAACUACGCGGUGGAAGGGGUUCGAGUUGCCAUUUCACAAAGGCAUCGUUUAGUGAUUUGUCGUUUGCUACAUAGAUAUCGAUCUGAUCUAUCUGUCUGGAUGUACUGGAUUAUCAUGUUACGGAGGUUUGGUUUGGGACUGAUUAAUAUUAAUCUGUGUACUAUGUAUCAUGUUGCUUUGCUAUGGAGCCUUCAUCGCUUUUGCGUUCGUUGAUUCUAGAAGAUGUGCGC